ACAAGAUUCCAUAAGCAACCAAAAUUUUGACAACCAACGAAAACAAACACCAAAUCUAUUCGGAGGCUGCCGGACGUACCCUCGAUCGAUACAUAACCAUUUUCAAAACAAAACAAAAAUCAAAAUUUCAUCAGAAAUCCUGUCAGAUAAAGAACCUUGGUUCUCAGCCAAACCAGCCGGUUGUUGAUUUGAUUAGAUCAACUGUCAAUUCGGUCCUCGCUCAGCCACGUCAGUUACCACUCCAUAAACACCCAUGGUUUGCUCUUUGCAUACAUUUGCACGAGAGCCCACUUGCAAUGGCUGCUGCGCUCUCGUGCUCGCUAAGAUGUUGGACUAUCACUGGGCAUCAUCGCCUCCUGCGCGUCGUCGUCUUCCUCCUCCUCUCCCUCCACCACCAGGCAUCGUCCCUCAAUUUCCACUACGACUACAUCAACACGACCAACAAGGCCGACUUCGGCUCGCUCGGGGACGACUGCAACAUCAGCGACCACAGGGCCGAGCUCACCAGCCAUAGCGACCAGAACUACAUCAACAACCUCGGCCGGCUGGUGUUCCCCAACGCGAUGCAGCUCUGGGAUCCCGCCACCGGCGACACGGCCAGCUUCUCCACCGCCUUCUCCUUCGGCAUCGAAGCCUUGCCGGGGAUGGAAGUCGGUCACGGCAUGGCCUUCUUCCUCACCGGCGCUCCAGUCGGCACCGCGUCCAACGUGCCCACAAACUCCUUCGGCGGCUUCCUCGCCCUCUUCGGCCCCGACAUCCUGACUAGCCGUGGCAACGCGACUGGCUCCGGCGGUGACGACUACCGGAUCGUCGCCGUGGAGUUCGACACGGUCAAGGACGACUGGGACCCCAGCGCGCGUCACAUCGGGGUCGAUCUCAACAACAUCAGCAGCUCGUUGGGCAACUACAUGGUCUUGCCGGACGACAGCUUGGUGGGCCGGGUCAUGUCGGCGCGGAUCGACUACAACGGCAGCACGGGCCGGCUGGACGUCGUCCUGCGCAACGGCAGCAGCAGCGACGACGGCAACACCACUUACGCUCACAGCACCAUCGUCGACCUGCGAAGCGUUCUGCCGCCGCAGGUCGUCGUCGGCUUCUCGGCGGCCACGAGCAAGGAUCGCGUCGCGCUGCAGUACGUGCUGUCCUGGUCCUUCUCGACCACUUCGCCCGUCGGCAACGGAACCUCGGCACAGCCACAGCAGCGUCGGAGGCACACGGGCAGCACGCAGGUGUUGGUCGGGGUUACCGUGGCGGCGGUGCUGGCUCUCCUGCUAGGCACUUUCGUCGGCGCGCUUCUCUGGCGCUCGAGACGCCGGCGGUCUGAUGAUGAUGAUGAGUCUUCUGACGAGGUGUCCUCGGGCGAGGAAGACGACGACGGCUCGUGGGCGAUGGAGGAGGACCUGGAGUCAGGGGCGGGGCCGCGGCCGUUCCGGCUUCGCAAGCUGCGGGCGGCGACGGGGAACUUCUCGGAGGAGGAGAAGCUGGGGCAGGGCGCGUCCGGGUCGGUGUACCGCGGGCGCGUGGACGAUCUCGACGUGGCCAUCAAGGUGUUCUCCCGUGGCGGGUCGGCGCAGGGGAAGCGGGAGUACACGGCGGAGGUGACCGCCAUCAGCCGGCUCCGGCACCGCAACCUGGUGCACCUCAUCGGCUGGUGCCACGGCCGCAAGAAGCUGCUCCUCGUCUACGAGCUCGUCCCCAACGGCAGCCUCGACCGCCACCUCCACCACGGCGGCGCCGGCGCCACGUCAUCAUCAUCGGCGCUGCUGCUGCUGACGUGGCCGGCCAGGCACCGGAUCCUGCUGGGCCUGGGCGCCGCCGUGCUGUACCUGCACGAGGAGUGGGGCCAGUGCGUGGUGCACGGCGACAUCAAGCCCAGCAACAUCAUGCUGGACGAGUCCUUGGACGCCAAGCUCGGCGACUUCGGGCUCGCCAGGCUCAUCGACCACGGCGCCGGGCUGCAGACCAUGACCGCCGUGGCCGGCACCCCCGGGUACCUCGACCCGGAGUGCAUCGCCACGGGGAAGGCCAGCACGGAGUCCGACGUGUACAGCUUCGGCGUCGUGCUGCUGGAGGUGGCCACGGGCCGGCGGCCCAUGGCCCCGCCGCCGCCGGGGGAGACGAGGAUCUUCCGGAUCGUGGAGUGGGCCUGGGCCCUGUACGGGCGGGGCGCCGUGCUGCAGGCCGCCGACGAGGCCCUGCUGCGGGGCGAGAUGGGUUUCGACGCGCGGGAGAUGGAGCGAGUGCUGGUGGUCGGGCUGUGGUGCGCGCACCCCGACGCGGCGGCCCGGCCCAGCAUCAGGGAGGCCGUCGAGGCGCUGCGGUCCGGCGAGGCCGCCAAGCUGCCGGCGCUUCCGCCCAGGAUGCCCGUGGCCAUGUACGUGCAGCCUUAUUACGACCCGGCUGAGAGUGAGAGGUACGUCGUCUACGACACAACGACGUUGACGGCGACAACCUCCGUGACGGCAGAGUACAACUACCGGACGAGCUCUCGCGACUACAGCACGCUGUAUUCUACCUCGGGCAUUCCUCCCGUGGGGUCAAAACAGUCAGUUCGCCUGCUCAGAGGAAGGUAGGUAGUUGCUCAAUGGAUGACCAUUUCCUCUGUCCUCCUCGUGAACACUCUGAAAAUUGUAAAUUAUGUAAUGGGUUUUGCUAUUUUUGUUUUGAGGAAAAAAUAGAGGGUUUUGCUAUUUUGAGUUCACCUGAAAUUGAAGGAAACUCUGCUCAGCAUAUGAUUACCCAUGGUACUUCUUGCAGUGUAAGAAUUCUCGUGUGCGCCGACUUCCUUCAUGAUGCAUCACCAAUGUAGUUCCCCUUGCCUUGUUCUUUUUUUUUUUUGAAGGACCCUUGCCUUGUUCUUGUCUUAGUAGAUUGUUUCACAUAUGUGUCGUAUCGUCUCGUGACCCUGAAACGAUCCCGACUCCAAUCGCCUGAGUCUCAAGGAAAGUGUAGCACUUUGAUCACCAACAUGGAAAACUUCAUAACUGCAAACCCAACACUAAUCCUGGUUUACUGACCACCAAGAUUGUCGAGAACAAGCAGACUCUCACUGUCACUCGCUGCAUACAAGGAACGAGAAUCAUCGCAUUGCUGUUGUUGCUCUCGGGCCUUGGCAAACAAGGACACAACCGGGCCGCGGCACAUAACGAGCCUCAGCAAGCGGUGGAGCAUACUGGCCAGUGCCCGGUGAUGAGGUCAAGGAGCGUAGCAGGAACUUUGUUAGCCUGCAUCUAAUUUUCUUUCCCCAUUGAACAGCAGAUGUUGCUGCUUGUCUAUGUGCUAAACAAGCUUGUUUUGAUUGGGAGGUGUACAUGCAUUAACUUAACAUGAGAAAGCUACGACACUUACUACCGUACCAAGGGAGUAUAUAUCUUCGUAGUAUACUUAUUUGCUAUCGGAGAUACUAGUACACACUUAAAAGAAUUUGACUCAGGACAGUGCUAGAGCAUCUUAUAUCUAGGAACGGAGAGUAUUUGAAAGCUACUUAGAAGAGUGAGAGAAUUGCAUUGUGGUAUCCAGUAGGGGGGUAACAGUCUAACAGAUCAUCCAGAGAUUUUAUGUUCACCAGUUUGAACUUGCCUACGAGCUUCAAGUAGCAUAUGCUAUUGCUGUUGAUACUUGGAAACCAGUUAACAUUCUUGAUUUGUAUCUACAGCAAUAAGACCAGCCAAUACAAGCAGGCUGAUCUCGUGAUGGGACAAACCAUCAGCACUUGAGAGAUAAAACAAAAUUUCUUCUGUAGUUGAGGAUACAAAGUGCAAGGUAUUAUUGAUCAUUGUCUGCGCUACAUCUUCCACUACAUUGGUAUUGCUAUAAGUUAAUCGAAGCAGGCUUCAGCUUUUGGUGUACACAGAAAGCUUCAAGACAAGGUUGUGUCCGUUUCCCUCUGACAAAACUGGAGCUCGCUCCGCAUCAAAACUGAAAGCCUUCGAAGAUAUUACUAAACGACAACUGGACCU